GCGGCCAGAACCCGACCACGCCGACGAGUGCUCCUCUGCCCGCCCGCGCCGCCGCCUCGCUCAUGUCUCAGUACGCGUCCAAAUCGGACUUCAAGACGGCCUUGGACAGCAGUCCCGAGGCCAACACUGAGGAUGACAAGACCGAGGAGGACGUGCCCAUGCCCAAGAACUACCUGUGGCUCACCAUCGUCUCGUGCUUUUGCCCCGCGUACCCCAUCAACAUCGUGGCUUUCGUCUUCUCCAUCAUGUCUCUGAACAGCUACAACAAUGGAGACGUGGAAGGAUCCAGGCGGCUUGGGAGGAAUGCCAAGUGGGUGGCCAUCGCCUCCAUCAUUAUCGGCCUUCUCAUCAUCGGUAUUUCUUGUGCGGUUCACUUCGCAAGGAAAGCCUGAGCAGCCGGCAGUCGCCCCACGCAUGGAGGUUGGACCUCAUCC